GGCGACUCCCGACAACAAGUUCAAGUUCAGAUCAAGGCUGAGUGUAAACAAAUAGCCGCACAGCUGGGAAAAAAGGGCACAAAUGUUUGAAUAAGUGAAUAUAAGUGGCUUUAUUUCAGGUUAGAAAAUAACAUAACGCUGAAAAGGAAGUUGUGUGAAUAAGAAGGGAGGAACGAGAGGAGGAGGACCUAAGAAGCGAUACAAAGCGUUACAGGUCAAAAGAAGAAGAAGCUCCCAUGCUGCUCAGCUGACCUUAAUUAAAACACUCCAGAAGAAGAAAAAGAAACUCCUGGCUUUAAACGUGCAUCCUUCACCCUGGCUGCCGAGGGGGUCCCGCCACCUGAAGGACCAACAGUCAUCGCCUCCUCCGCGCCUUCCUCAGGAGAGCACUAGGGCGAGCACCGUCUCCUGAACUGUCACAGCCCUUCAACAACAACAACAACAACAACUUCACAAGAUAUCCACAAUGGCACCACCAGCUAUAACACCGGAAGUUGAAAAAAGAGUGAUUCAACUGUGUGACGAAUUCAAGCAGGGGAUAAACCACCAGAUAAUACAAAACGACAUGCCGGAACUAAAACAGGAGCAGAUCGUCGCUGUCAUCAACAAGCUGCUCGCAAACAGCCGGAUUGACAUGCUGAAGAAGGAUGACGGUGCGCUAGUGUUCAAGCUGCGUGACCCCGGCAGCCUCCACCGCAUCAAGGGCGCUGAGCCGGAGGAGCAGGUUGUUUACAAGAUCAUUGAGGAGCACGGCACGCAAGGCAUCUGGGCGCGGGAGAUCCGCUCCAAGAGUAACCUGCACCUGAACACAGUGGAAAAGGUUCUGCGCAAACUAGAAAGCAAAAAGCUGAUCAAGAGCUUCAAUUCUGUUGCUGCUCCCAAGAAGAAGACCUACCUGCUCUACGACCUUCAACCCGACCGCUCGCUGACGGGAGGCGCGUGGUACUCCGACCAACACUUUGACUCAGAGUUUGUGGACAUCCUCAACCAACAGUGCUGGAGGUUCUUAGAGCAGAAAAUGGUGCGAGCGAGGCAGGUCGCUGGUGGGCCAAUAGCCGUGAGAAAUGCCUCCUAUGCCUCCUCUAAAGAAAUCCUAAAGCACAUCAGUGAGCUGGGCAUCACUAAGGUCCAGCUCAGCGUCGAGGAUAUUGAAACCAUCCUCGAGACACUAGUGUUUGAUGGGAAGGUCGAACGCUCCGUGGCCACUGACGGAGCCCAGGGAGUGAAGCUGUACCGGGCCGUCACCUCCUUCAUGCCCACCCCGUCCCUCAUGACCAUACCCUGUGGAGUUUGUCCGCUUAUUAAGGAAUGCGAUGAUGUGGGUGACGUGACGCCCACCAAAUGCCGCUACAUGAAGCAAUGGCUCAACCUGGAGUGGUGAGGAAAGGUUUGGAAAGCAGUUGGUGAGUUCCUACUUCAUCUUUACAGGAAGUCUCUGUAAGGGUCAAAACAAUAUGCAUACAUGCACAUAUUACGAAUAAAAUAUUUAAUUUUU